AUGGAUGAUGUUAAUGUAGUCAUAAUAAGAUCGCGAAAAUCUGGAGUUGAUCGAAAGCCACGACAAGCAUAUAGUGCUAAACAACUCGAGCGCCUGGAAGGUGAAUUCAAAUUAGACAAGUACUUAAGUGUUAGUAAGCGAAUGGAAUUAUCAAGGUCAUUGGAUUUAACAGAAGUUCAAAUCAAAACAUGGUUUCAAAAUCGAAGAACAAAAUGGAAAAAACAGUUAACAUCUCGCCUGAAAAUGGCUCAAAGACAAGGCGCUGCAUUUGCUGGCAAUUACUUUCAACAAUUUCACUAUCCACUUUUUGGUUCAUAUUAUGCUCCUCAUCAAAAUGGUUACAGUAGUCAAUUGACAUGUGUUCUAUCAGAUCGAUCAGCAGCAAGAGAAAUCAAUGAUAACGAAACAACAAAUACUUAA